ACUGGACGAAGCCAAGAAAUGGAGGAGCCAGGAUCGCGAGACAAUCAACAAGCUCAACCAACAAGUAUCCGAGCUGGAGGGAGAGGUCCGCAUGCUGAGGCGUACCAACGACUCCCUGGACACAGAGAGACAGCGAGACAAGGCCACAAUCAACAGGCUGCAAGAAGAACUUGAGAAGCUCAGAAUUGACCUCAGCAAUGAGACCAUUGCCAGAUUGGAUGCUGAAAACAAAUACCAGACCCUGCUGGAGGAGAUGGAGUUCCUGAAGAGUGUUCAUGAGCAGGAACUGAAGGAGUUGUCUGCCCUUGCCUACAGGGACACCACUUCAGAAAACCGUGAGUUCUGGAAGAAUGAGUUGUCCCAGGCAAUUAGGGACAUCCAGCAGGAGUACGACAUGAAGGUCGACCAGAUUCGAGGAGAGAUGGAGACCUUCUACAAUCUCAAGGUCCAAGAAUUUAGAACUGGAGCUACCAAACAGAACAUGGAGGUAACCCAUGCCAGGGAAGAAACUAAGAAACUUCACAAACAGCUGGGAGACCUUCGUACUCGUAAUUCUGACCUGGAGGCUAGAAAUGCCCAGUUGGAGAAACAAUACCAAGACAUGCUUAGGGAAUUGGAGCAGAAGGAUCAUGAGCAUGUGGUGGAGAUCAACUCGAUGAAGGAGGAGUUGAACAAGCUCCGAGCUGAGCUUGAGGCCAUGCUCAUUGAACUGCAGAUACUGAUGGAUGCCAAGCUUUCUUUGGAACUGGAGAUUGCUGCCUAUAGGAAGCUGCUGGAAGGAGAGGAAACAAGGGUUGGUCUGAGAACUGUAGUGGAGCAGACACUAGGGGUCAGACAAACUGGAUCCGCUCGCUUGGCAGACAUAAUAAAUGUUUCCGAAGGACAGGCAUAUGAAUCUGCCGGGGACUCUCAGCUGUCGGUGAAGAUGAUGAGAGGUGAAGUGUCGGCCAAAACUACUUACCAGAGAACAGCAAAUGGUCCAGUCAGCAUCGCUGAAGCAAAUCCUGAGGGAAAGUUUAUUUUGUUGGAGAACAACUCGUCUGGAGGUGUCAGGAAGGAGGUAAAUCUGGAUGGCUGGAAGUUGCGCCGUGUUGUGGACAACAACUUCAAGAGACCGUAUGAGUACACGUUUAGAAACUUUGUGCUGAAACCAAACAAGAGUGUCAAGAUCUUUGCGAGGUCACUGGCAUCCCAAGCAGGACCCAAUGACCUGGUUUACCGUGACUCCGACACCUGGGGAGCUGGAGCAGAGGUUGUAACCACCCUUCUUAAUGAAAAGGGAGAGGAGAAAGCCAGCCACAUCCAGAAGACCAACUACAGCCAGUAA